CACCCAGCGGCCCCGGAUGAUAUGAAACUCUCUGACGUCACAUCUUGAAAACGAAACUGACGAUUCGGAGUUUCCCAUGAAACCAGUCCCAGGUAGCAGCCGGACUCCGGCGGUAUUUAAGGAAUUAGCCGCUGGGAUCGACUGACAGCGCAGCGGCCACACUUCUAGCUGUUAUACUGCAUCACGUUUCUGACGUUUGACCCCUGGAAAACGACGGCACCUGAACUCAACACGCAUCGGCUGAUAUCUCGUUACUUCAGGUAGGAGAGUUUGAAAUGUCUCAUUCUAAACCACUGCUCAUCCCGUGGCUGCGGACCAAGAUUGACAGCGGCAAGUAUCCCGGUGUGCUGUGGACAAACCUGGAGCGAACACAGUUCUCCAUCCCAUGGAAACAUGCUUUAAGACAGGACUCCUCCAACACUGACAUCCUCAUCUUUAAGGCCUGGGCGGAAGUGAGUGGCAAUGGCCGUGCUAAUGGAGACCACUCAGUCUGGAAAAGGAACUUCCGCAGCGCCCUCCGAGCCAAAGGCUUCAAGCUGAUCUCUGACAACAAGAACGACGCUGCUAACCCCCACAAAGUGUUUCGCUGGCCGGAUGAUUCAGCAUCAGGAGCAAACUCUUCUGCUGGAUCCCAGGACCAAGAUGACCCUGAUUUGUUUGAGGAUUAUCACCUUCCUAUACAAGAAAGCCAGGCCGUCGAAUGCUCUGAGGACUGUCUCUAUCUUCCAGAAGUCACUAUGUUUGCAGAGUCCUCUGCCAACCAGGAUAUUCUCCAGGAGUGUCUAAAGGGACUAAACAUCUGCCCUGAAGAAGAGGUCACCGCAGGCUUUGAGCCUCCUCCUAGGCAACAUCUGCUCCAAAACCAGGUUGUGAGUGAUGCACACCCAUUGCCUGGGCAACAGCAGUAUCCAGUACUGUUUCAGGGUGCAGUCAGUGAAGCUGGGUUGCCGGAGCAACCAGCACAUCCAAUGGGGGAAGGGGCCAAUGAUGGGCAGUUGGCGGAGCAGUUCCUACAUACCAUAAACAUGACCAGUAACAGAGAAAAUUUCAGGACUCAAUUCAGGAUAUCAGUGUACUACAGAGGGGUGGUGGUGUCCGAGCAGUUGGUUGAGAAUGAAGUUGGAAUCCGUUUAGUCUACAGGCCCGACCUCAACGGCACAGUUUUGGAUCACGAGUCAGGCCUGUCCCUGGUCUCGUUGCCAAGUCCUGGAGCCAUGCUGGAUCAAGCCCAAGCCAGUUUGACCCAACGCAUCCUGGACAAGCUGGGCAAUGGUUUGGAUGUGGGGGUGUCGGGCCAUGUGGUCUACAGCCAGCGACGGGCCGAAAUCAAAGCAUUUUGGAGCUUCUCCAAGUUCGACAGGAGCAGACAGCCGCAAGAGAUUUCUAAACUGGAGCCUCAACCGCUGUACCAGUUCAAGGACUUUGUGCGAGGAAUAUUGGACUUCAUUGACGGGAGAGACUCCCCUCCCUGCUCCCUGUUCUUCUGCCUUGGGGAGAAGUGGCCUGACCCAGACAACAGGCCUUGGGAGAAGAAACUCAUCACAGUGGAGGUGGUCCUGACUUCAAUGGAGUUACUGAAGAAUAUGGCUGUCGUAGGCGGCGCCUCCUCCCUGCAGUCUGUGGAGCUGCAGGUGUCUCUCGAAGAGAUGAUGGAGAUGUACUGACGCACAUUGUUUUGUCAUUGUUUACCCUUUUUGUGAAAUCCUUUACCUUGACAAUAACAUCUCAGAAAUAAUCAUGUUUACAAGAUUUGUUAACAUUUCAUAUCUUGAUUCUAUACCAAAAAUCAUAGAUGAGGUAGUAACAUUUUUAUAAAUAAUUGCUCUGGUGUUGGAUUUGGCAGUACUGCACAAAGGUGCAACCUGAACCAUGUUUAAACACUAGUGUAUGUUUUAGAAUUAAUUUACACAAAUGUUUACAUAAAAUAAUGAGACUAUGAUCAGAGAGUUUUAACAUUGUUUAUAUUAUUGAUGUUUCUGAAAAUUAAAACCAUAUUUCUAAGAUACCUUACUGUUUUCUGAUGCAAAGAAACUGAGCUAAAUAAAAGAGCUCUGUCACUCAG